AGUCUCACGGCAGUUAAAUCCAGAACCCUUUCGUGUUCUGGAGAAUACAUGGUUGUACGCAUCAGCAGAGCGUAUCUCCGGUUGCUGGGUUAUAAUGCAUGGAGUCUGCACCUGAAUUCUUCAGACUAUUUCUGCGCACCUCAGAUUACACAAUACUACGUGGUCUUCAAUAUACCAUUCAGUGGGUGUGGCACAAUAAGACAGCACGCAAAUAAUGGCACUAUAAUCUAUUCCAACAUAAUCAAGACAUCAGCUUCUGGUUAUAUCAUUACAAGAAAUAGUAACUUUCAGUUUCACGUCAUGUGUGAAAUGAACAAGACUGCUGUUGUAGAGACAAUGUUUGUUGCUCGUAAUUCCACUGACAUUACUGCACUAGGACAUGGCAGCUACAAUGUGACACUUGCCUUCUUUGAUUCGUGGUAUUUCAACUAUCAAGUUCACUCUUCUCCAUAUUUUGUGUCACUCAAUCAAGCGCUCUACCUCCAAGCUACUCUCCACAGUUCUGAUCCAAACUUAGUACUAUUUCUAGAUACGUGUGAAGCAUCUCCAGACUCUGGUGACUUCACAACUCUGACCUAUGACUUAUGGAGGAGUGGAUGUCCACAAGAAUCUACCUUCAGAUAUCUGGGAAAUCCAAGGAAAAACCAAGUUCGUUUCAUGUUCAGCUCCUUUAAGUUUCUUAACUAUCACAAUGAAGUUUAUUUGCGGUGCAAACUAGUAGUGUGUACGGCAUAUGAUUACUCAUCCCGAUGCUACCAAGGAUGUUUAACUAGAAAGAAGAGGGAUGCAGAUGAACUUCAGGAGAAGGUGGAAGUGGUUGUAGGACCAAUCAAGCUUCAAAAAGAAGCUAAGGAAGACAAAAAGCAGGAACUGGCUUAGAGUGCAAGUCUAGAAACGGAUAAAGCUGGCAUCCUACUUACUGUUACUACUAUACUUUUGGCAGCCACUGUCUCCAUCUGGCUUUCUUAUAAGCAGCAAACUGAAAUCAGCUGAUUCCAAUCCAUCACCAACGUAAAAAUUAAGCACUUUCAGCACACAAAAAGCUCUGUUUCUAGCAUGCAUUUCUAAAAGUAAUCAGUUUUUUUUAAGAAAGAGGUUCGUAAUCCAACAAACCUACAGAUAGACACAUUUACAUUUUAGCACAAGCAAGAACUCAGUUAAGUCCAAAUAUUGGGAUUUAAUAUUCAUACUGAUCAAGAACAUUUGUUAUACCCAGCUGCUUUUACUUAAUGGCAUUGUGGAAAGGGUCUCAUUCUCCUUUUAAUU